GAAGAAGAUUUCGAAGCUGAAGAAUGAGCCUAGAAGAAAAGUCUCUGUUUCGACAAGUGCAAGCAGAGAUUAUGGGUCUGGUAGCUUGAGUCCAAGAAUGAGGAAGGAGGAGUUUGUGGAUGAACCCAGAUUCAGAAAGAAGGUCAGAAGCAGGAAGUCGCCGAAGAAGAUGCAGAAUGAGAGUUGCUUUGAAGAUCUCAGCCCUGUUUCAGUUUUAGACGUUGGCGACGACGAAGAAUUUCCAUUGCAGAGCAAAACCAACUUCACAGAUGAAACAAAGGGAAUCGCCUCAAAGUCAAAGAGAGAAUCUUCAGCUGAGAGAUGUUUGUCUGGAGGCAAAAGCAACCAUAAAAGUGAAACAGAGGAAUGCUCAGAAUUAAUGGCCAAAAUUCUCAAAUUAACAGAAAACGAUGUGCAAAUGUUUGAUUGUGUCGGGCGGAAGAAGGGCGUGUUUGGGAGUGAUUGUUUUGAGGAAAUCCCUUUGCUUCUUGAGCAUAAAAUCUUCGACCUCUUGCUGCGUGAGGUCGUCCAUGAACUUUUAACACACUGAUUACCACAAUUUUUGUCUUCAUGACCUUACGCAUGUAUAUUAUAACUAGGUAGUUUUACUAUAU